AUGAGAAUAGCGAAAAAUAUAAGCCACAAUAGAAGGCUUAAUGAAACAGAGCAUUUUUCAGGCGAAGAACUUAUUUUAAGACAAAAUGGAGCACUAGAACUUGCUCUCGAAGAUGAGAUAAAAGGAUUGGACGUUGUCAUCUUUCACGAAACCACGCAAACCAACGUGCUUUGGCAUUCCCAAAUUCUUAUGCCAAUGCCUGGUAGCAGUCUUGCUUUUCCGACGAUAAGAAUAUCCAUCCCAAGCGAUGCCAAACUUGGAAAAUAUACCGCGAAAGUCCUUGUUAAUGAGACACGAUUCUCCAUUGACUUCUAUGUGAUCUUCGAAGGACAUUCAGUAACAGAAGAAAAGAUUGUUAUUCCGACGGGAUCAGCAGCUCUGGUUCAGACUCAAGAGUUCGAAGUCUCAAAGAACUCUGAAGAGUUCUUGAAGCUGAUAAUUAAUGAUAUGCGUGGACACUCUAUAUGUAGAAGUGCCGAGUUCAUCAAGUUUUUGAUAGCAAAGAACAGGGAUAGAAGCCACAACUCUGUCUUUCAAUAUUCUCAAGAUGCAAUAUCAUGUCAUGAUUGUUAUGGUUAG